AUGGGUUCGAACGACGUGGCCAAUGUCGUGGGCCAAGGAGCUAUGCAAGUCCGCCGUCGGUGCAGCCCGAUGGCGCUCGUCAUAUCCGAUGCUGAUACGACUGUUGGUCACCCGGGCGAACUCGGCGUAGCCGUCACCGCCCUACGACGUCUAAUCAAGUCUGACAUCUGCACAAUUUCAUUAAUCCAAUGUAGCACAUACAAUUUUGACCUAGGGUUUGCGAUUUCGGAGUAUCCGGGACUCCGAUCCACGAUCCGUCGAAUCCUAAACGAUCCUAUAAAUACAUGGUACCACAUACGUGAGUUUCAGCUGGAUCCAACGGUCCGAACAUAUCAAACCCUAAAAUCGCACAAUAGGUUCGAACCGUUCGAGACUCAAACGAUAACCAAAUUCCAAUCCGAGCACACCUACGCGCUCGUGACAACGAAAUGUUUGCACUGGGACAAAAUGCCCUAUGGCACAGUACCCCACGCGCCACCACACGCGCCGGCAGCGCGUGGGUGCCCUAAGCGAUAA